CCUGCCUCACAGUUUGGCAGCCUGACUCCAACACGCUCUAAAUGAGAUUAAACAGCAGAUGCGGAGAGAGUCGUGGAGAGAAACACAGAGAGAGAUAGAGAGUCAGACAGAGACAGAGACAGAGACAGAGCCAGAGACAGAGAGAGUCACGGUGACAGUAAGAGAGUCAGAGAUAGAAAGGCAGAGAGAGAGAAAGUCAGAAAGGUAGAGGGAGAGAGAGAGAGUGGGAGCAGGAGUGGGAGAGUGCGGACACAGUAGUGGAUCAAAUGUGCAGGAAUUGAAUAAACCCAGUGUAGAUAAGAGGGUGGGGAGGGAGAGACAAGAGAAGCAAGGAGAUCAAGCAGGAAGUUCUGACGGAAAGUUUAAAGAGAGGAGUUGUGCCUGUGGUUGGGGUAGUUGGGAGCGGAGGGCCACGUAAACCAGCGCCAUGGAUCCGGGGUCUUCAGUGGAUUGUGAGUCACUCCAGCAGGCAGUGGGCUACUUUGAGGGGGCCUUGCGGGAUGCGGUGAAGGAGGUGCACGUGGACAUGGGGGCGUUGAAGCGCACGGUGGAUCAGCGGCUGGAGGAGCUGCUGCAGAUGGUGAAGCCGCUGUCCCUCACCCUGGGCCGGGUGCAACAGGAGAACCGCCAGCUCCGUGACCAGGUGAACAGCCUGUCCCAGCAGGUCGAACGGCUGGCGGCCCGAGCCAGCGGUGACCGCAGGGCCACGGGAAGAGCGCCCGACCCAGAGUGGACAACCCGCACUGGCACCCACAUGCCCGGCACCGACGGGACGGUGCCCUCCACCAACGCUGGAGAACCGAUGGCAGAGCUGAACGGGAUGGAGAGCGGGAGACAGACACACAUCACUGCAGAAGUGACGACCCUCCACUCCGUAAGAGGGAAGGAGGUGUCAACACUGGAGCACCAGCCGGCAGCAGUGGGCCUAGCUCACCUGCCCAUCACCGCGGUAACCAAGUCCGGGGAGAAGUUCGCAGCAGAGGUGUUGGGCGUCGUGUCACCCCGGUCAGAAGCGCUCGGCCAGACGGCAGUCGGCAAACCCCAGACAGAGAGCGUCGGCCAGACGGCAGAUAAGAAUGCCAACGCCAGCAAGACAGCCUCUUCCAUCAGUCACUCAGUGUCUAGUGACCUCCGCUCUCCGUCCAGUGUCCUUGAACUUUACCCGAGUGUGUCCACCAAAUCACGGUCCCCACCCCCACCUGCGGCCCGCCAGGGGGGGAAGAGGCCCCUGUUGAUGCGGUCACAGACGCUGCCGCGAACAACCGGACCCCAGUCCAGGAAGGCGCUCUUUGAGAAGUUCGAAAAGGAAGGCAGCAGGGGUAAAAUCGGAGAGUCAAAGGGGAAGCUGCAGAGAUCACAGAGUUUUGCCGUUGCAAGUGCGAGCAGCAUCAAACAGGUCCUUCUAGAGUGGUGUCGCUCCAAGACAAUCGGAUACAAGCUGAUUGAUAUCCAGAACUUCUCCUCGAGUUGGAGCAAUGGAAUGGCAUUCUGUGCUCUCAUCCACUCCUUCUUCCCAGAAUCAUUCGACUACAAUGAGCUGAACUCCAGUAACCGCAAGCACAACUUCGAGCUGGCAUUCGGCAUGGCUGAGAAGCUGGCACACUGCGACAGACUAAUCGAAGUGGAUGACAUGAUGGUGAUGGGGAACAAGCCUGACCCCAUGUGUGUCUUCACCUAUGUCCAGUCACUGUUCAACCACCUACGGCGCUUUGAGUGAACCCACCCCCUGGCCAGUCUGACAGGCUGGAGGGGGGAGGGAGGAGACGGCUGUGGGGAGCCCUGAUGACCCGUUCUCUGGCACAGAGGAGCAGUGGUGGUGCCAGGGGACGAGAGAAUCACGACCGGCAUCUCUUGUAGAAGCAGGAACAGAACCAGCCUCAUCCAAUGCCAACCACACUCCGCUCACCAGCCUGGAGAAUCCCGGCCCAAUCGUUGUAGUAUCUCACUUUAAAAGAUCGCAAUAAAGAUGAAUUUUACUUGUAUUAAC